AUGACCGCAGGGACAGGGCCCAGGAUCUUGUUGCGGAAACAUGAGAACGAAGCUGUCAAGCCACAGUCGCCCCGGGGCAGAGUCACUGACUGUAGUUACGUGCACUACAGUCACGUGCACUACAGUCACGUGCACUACAGUCACGUGCACUACAGUCACGUGCACUACAGUCACGUGCACUACAGUCACGUGCACUACAGUCACGUGCACUACAGUCAUGUGCACUACAGUCACGUGCACAGCAGUCACGUGCGCUGUAGUCACAUGCACUACAGUUACGUGCACUACAGUCACGUGCACAGCAGUCACGUGCGCUGUAGUCACGUGCGCUGUAGUUACAUGCACAGCAGUCACGUGCGCUGUAGUCACAUGCGCUGUCCUUACGUGCACUACAGUCACGUGCGCUGUAGUCACGUGCGCUGUAGUUACGUGCACUACAGUCACGUGCGCUGUAGUUACAUGCACUACAGUUACGUGCACUACAGUCACGUGCACAGCAGUCACGUGCGCUGUAGUCACAUGCGCUGUCCUUACGUGCACAACAGUCACGUGCGCUGUAGUCACGUGCGCUGUAGUUACAUGCACAGCAGUCACGUGCGCUGUAGUCACAUGCACUACAGUUACGUGCACUACAGUCACGUGCACAGCAGUCACGUGCGCUGUAGUCACGUGCGCUGUAGUUACAUGCACAGCAGUCACGUGCGCUGUAGUCACAUGCGCUGUCCUUACGUGCACUACAGUCACGUGCGCUGUAGUCACGUGCGCUGUAGUUACGUGCGCUGUAGUUACGUGCACUACAGUCACGUGCGCUGUAGUUACGUGCACUACAGUCACGUGCGCUGUAGUUACAUGCACUACAGUUACGUGCACUACAGUCACGUGCACAGCAGUCACGUGCGCUGUAGUUACAUGCACAGCAGUCACGUGCGCUGUAGUCACGUGCACAGCAGUCACGUGCGUUGUAGUCACGUGCGUUGUAGUCACGUGCGCUGUAGUUACGUGCGCUGUAGUUACGUGCGCUGUAGUCACAUGCACAGCAGUCACGUGCACUGUAGUUACAUGCACAGCAGUCACGUGCACGCUCAGAAUCUGAUCAUUAUUGGACUUUGA